GCCGUCUUCCUCUACGGUGUUGCCGAAUACAACUUCCGGGCGCAUCGUCCUCUGGAAACCACAACGUGAGUAGAAACCGUUAGCAUCGUGUUUUUCUUUAAUAUAAGGAGAGGUUUGAGCUGACAUUAAUGAACAUUUGAGCUCUUUUAUGGCCGUACUUACAUGUAGUUGGGUGUUGUUUGUGUGAGCUGGUUCUCUGUAGCCGGUAGUUUAAAGGUUGUUGAGCUGCUAACAUCAGGAGUUAGCUUAGCUUCAUUCAAACUUUAGAGACAUUUUUAAUAAAACAGGAGUUUUCUCCCACAUUUACACCCUUAUUUCAGAACAUAAUAGCAGAUCUGUGUGUGAUUAUAGAUGUGAAUCAGCCGCUAAAGCUCUGAAAACGCGAGUUUAAUGAGGAUGUUGGUGUGAAAGGUUAAAGGGACAUUACACCGUUUACUGACAUGAGCUAACUGUCAUUAUAUUAAAGACACGAAACUCCGAUAGAAGAGCAGGAGGUUCGUCUGAAAGGAGCUCCUUAAAGGGAGAAAGAAACUUAACAUUCAGAGUUUGAAAAACGGGUUUUAAUUCUGCAGCUGAUUUCCUGUAGGGUUUCGAAGUGCAUUAUGGGAAAUGUAGUAUCAACAAAAUGUGACAGGAGAACAUCUUAGUGUUCACAUCUGAUGCUGUGAGUGAAAUUCAUAAAAACACACCUGAGUGGGAAAUCAGCGAGAGUCUCUGUGAGUUUACAGAGAAGAGAGAAUGAAGAGACGACGACAGAAGAAGAAGAAGAAAACUACACGAGUGUUUCCACGACUUAAAGGGAGAGAAGGUUCAUUUAGGGUCAAACACACCGUAACACCGAGUCAGACACCCCCUCCAGAGCUUCUCUAGUAAAGCACUUUUAAAAACAGAAGUUUACAAAGCGCUUUCACAUUUCAUCAUAAAAGACAGAUAAAAACAAAAAGCUCAGUUCAAACAGAAUUAAAGGUCGUUUUCAUGACAAUAUAAGAACCACGAGGACCAAAAUAAAAACAUUAGAGUUCAGAAAAAAGAAAAAUGCAGUUAAAAGGGAGGAGGAGAGCAGAAACAGGAUAGUAAAUAUAAAAGACAAAAUCAACAAUGAUGAUAAAAUAAUAAUAGGUAAUACAAAUAAUAAUAGAAAUGAUGAAAUAGAGAAACAGAAAUGUCCCUGAGGAGCCUUGAAACUAAUCAAUCAAAUUUUAAAAUCAAUCCUAAAACUGACAGGAAGUCAGUGAAGAGAGGCUGAAACUGGAGUCAUGUGACGCCGUCGACUAAAACCAGUUAAAAGUCGAGCUGCUGCGUUCUGAACGAGUCUGAGGAGGAAGAGUCAUUUCUGUUUUACCUCAAAUCUGAGGCUUUGAGACUCGACGUUUCUCUCUCCACUGUUGUUGGGUUCACAGAGUAUCUUACAGACGUAUCUUACAGACGUAUCUUGUAUGUUUAUCUCCUGCAUGUAUACAUACCCACAUAUACUCUGUUGUACCAGUAUAGAGAAAUACGCUCUCUCGGACUCACCUCCUCUCCUCACCUCCUCUCCUCACCUCCUCUCCUCACUCCCUCCAGAAUGGGCAGUGUUUUGGCUGCCAGUUCCCCCAACCCUUCACCCCCAGCCACUGGGGCUCCUAUCGCCCCGGGGUUGACGGUGCCGCCGGGCUUUGGGAUUCCUCCGGUGUCCUCGGUUAUCACCCCGGCUGAGGCGGCCGCAGGUCAGCAGCAGGAGGUAGAACCGCCUCUGCCGAACCCGGGUGCUUUUGAUGAGUGUCACCGCAAGUGCAAAGGUAAACAGGGAUGACCGCUAAAGGUGCAAGAAGGCCAAAUAUUAAAUCCCUGGUCCCGCCUGGUGCGUCUUUCUCAUUUGUUUCUUAUUUGAAUCUUUGUGUUUUUCAGAGGUUUUCCCCAUGCAGAUGGAAGGCGUCAGGCUCGUCGUCAACAAAGGCCUUAGCAACCACUUCCAGGUCAGUUCAGAUCAUUUUACAUGCAGGUAUUCGAUGAAUUAAAACCAGAACCUUUCUCCCUCUCUGGUUUACUAGAAAACAUCUAACCCCAAAUUUCCACUCCGUCUGGAAUGGCGGUGAUUUUCGCUGUCCGCCAAUUCCUACCACAAGAACCUGCAGAUUCACGUUCAAUCGUGCGGUAACGAGUUGUCUCUCUAAAGACAGACACAUAGACAUAUAAGCAGUAGAUUGUGUCCUUCCAGAGGAGGAAAUCUACUUCUAGACUUCUAGAAUCAGCAUCUCCUCAUCCAUGGUGUCAUCGGGGUGAAAUGACGUCUAAAAACCUUUCACUUGUUCGUCUCCGCCCAGGUCUGAAGCCGGAUGUUUUAUUUUGUGUCUGUGCCCGACUUCCUUUUCAGCACGGGUUAAUCUGUGCUGAAUUUAUCCGCCAUGCUCCGGCGUCCAGAAAAAAUAGAACUCUUGUGAUCAGCUGAGGAGUCCGGCGAUCCGCAGAGGAACGGAAAGAAGUCGGUGUAAAUUGACACGUUAACUUGAAUGGUUACGAUCAGCUACGAUCGGAGGAUACGACCUUUUAGGAGACGAUCAGGAUGAAGGUGGAAACUGGGGGUUAAGGUCACAUUUCCCUGUCAAGUCUUAAAACUUUUGUUAAUGUGUAACACGAACGAUCGAACUCGACCAAAAAGAGUAAAUCCUGAAUAUCUUGGAGCUCCGUUUUUGACGGUGACCCUCUUCGACUCUCUGCAGGUGAAUCACACCGUGCUGCUGAGCACCAUCGGAGAGUCCACCUACAGGUUUGGUGCGACAUACGUUGGAACUAAGCAGAUGGGUCCAGCGGAGGUAUGCUGUGAUUCAGUGCAUGUUUGUUUCUGUCUGAAGACGCUGUGAUGUAAAGUUUCGCUGCUCCACUCCCAGUUUUUUCCCGUGAUGGUUGGAGACAUGGACAACAGCGGCAGCCUCAACGCUCAGAUCAUCCACCAGAUCACCGGCAGGAUACGAUCCAAACUGGCCUUCCAGGUCCGGCCUCAGCAUGUUCUCUCUCAGUCGGACCUUUGAACGUAUGUUUCAUAAACUAACUAGAAAUAAUGUCGUCCCACAUUCAGACGCAGCAACACAAGUUUAUGAACUGGCAGGGCGACGCUGAGAUCAGGGGGGAAGAUUUUACUGCGACAGUCACACUGGGAAACCCGGACGUCCUCGUCGGUUCUGGUAGGUUCUCUCUCAUGUGACUGUCCGCUCAUCUUUACUGGAACUGAUCACGUCUCCUUUUGUUCCCACCUGUCAGGUAUUGUUGUAACACACUACCUCCAGUCCAUCACACCGGCUCUGGCUCUGGGAGGCGAGCUGGUUUAUCACCGCCGGCCGGGAGAGGAGGGCGCCGUCAUGUCUUUAGUGGGCAGGUACACAGGUGAGAGGCGGUUUACUGUGACCCGGACUGUGUGGACGCCACAUGAGGGUGGAUUUUCUGUGACAUCUUGACCUUCCUCUGUGCAGGUAGUAACUACAUCGCCACGCUGACCCUGGGCUCGGCGGGCGCUCACGCUUCAUACUAUCACAAAGCCAAUGAUCAGGUAACUGUGGCGCCUUUUCUUUAACUCUCAUGUUUGUAAUAAGUUUCAGUUUCUGGUCGAUAGAGAAAUAAAAACCCGUCUGCUUCUGUCCCACAGCUGCAGCUCGGUGUGGAGUUUGAGGCGAGCACCCGCAUGCAGGACACCAGCGUGUCGUUUGGGUAUCAGCUCGACGUGCCUAAAGCCAAUUUACUCUUUAAAGGUAGGACUGUUUUAAAACGAGAACGAAUCCAGAGGAGAGGAAAGACACGGUGAAGUCAAUGAUGAAAAGGUUGACUUUAAAAGAAAGUCCAAGCUUAAACACACCUGAGAUGAAAAUACUAUCCUGGAGUCCGGCGGGCGGUAUUUGUUUGUAGGAUGGUAGGAGAAGGUCCCGCCCUCCUUCGACUCUGAUUGGCUAGAAGUGCUGGGCUCCGUCUGUCGGGCUAGGAGAUUCAGAAGUGCGAUAAUGUUCUGUUUGUCGACAGAGCCGACAGCCCACGCUCGGAUUGAGCGUGUGAUGACGUUUCAAGCUUUUCUAGCCAAUCAAAAAAAAAAAUAUCGCAUCCGGUGGGCUUGGAAUGACUGACAGCAGGGAUGGCCAAUCACACACAUAAUACAGCCCAGCGGCAGAGCCAAUCAAGGACUUACUUGGCAGUCCAGAUUUUAGUCCGUUUGAGACUAAUCAGUAAUCGGCCAAAACUCACAGAUUUUCGCCGAUAUUUUCAGAAAUAAAAUGCAGAGAAUAAGAUUCAGUUUCACUUCGAAAAUGUUCUGCCGUUUGAAAAGUUCCCCAACUUAUCCUGUAGAUGGUGCUACAGCGACCUGAUGACAAUCUUCAUCCACUAACCACCUGGUGGGUUCUAGAAAACGCUUUUCUGGUUCGAGUUUGAUCAGUCGGUCUUCCUGUCGGUGUGAAGAGCAGUAGCCUAAAGUAUAUCUACAAUAUAUAUAUAUAUUUUUAUAACUUCAUAAAAAAUGUAAAAAAAUUGGCCGAUUUAUUGGUAAUCCCCCCCCCCCCCCCAAUAAUCUGCAUCGUCCCCAAAAACUCCAUAUGGGUCAGACCACAGCAUAGUUUAUACCACAGCGUAUCUGCAGUCUGAGAUCAAUUAUCAUCCCUCUGUUCUGCUGACUUUGCAGCGUGUGUGUGUGUGAGUGUGUGUGUGUGUGUGUGUGUGUGUGUGUGUGUGUGUGUGUGUGUGUGUGUGUGUGUGUGUGUGUGUGUGUGUGUGUGUGUGUGUGUGUGUGUGUGUGUGAGAGAGUGGAGCUUUAAUCUUCUGUUCUAUAACCUGAUGAAGGUGAAGUUCUAAAGUUUGAUGUUGGUCACUGGUCACCCUCUCUGAUCAGAACGACCACGUCUGCAGAUCACUCUCUCUCCUCUGUUUUCUUUGGUUCGACUCUCUAAUUGAAUUUUCUCUUCGAGGAUAAAUGAUGUUCUUUUCGUCUUCUCUGUGUCCUGCUCCUCUCUCAGGUUCGGUAGACAGUAACUGGAUCGUCGGCGCCACGUUAGAAAAGAAGCUGCUCCCUCUGCCGCUCUCUCUAGUCCUCUGCACCUUCCUCAACCACCGCAAAAACAAGUUCCAGUGCGGCUUCGGCGUCACCAUCGGUUAGACGGACUCAGUUUGGACGAGCAGACUUUGCCAUGAACACCACCGUGUGUCCCUUCACCUCCAUCUGUUGCUCUUAUCGACCAUCUCAUGUUAUUGGUUCCAUCAGACGAGCAGAAAAAAAAGGUUAUAACGUCAAUCUGAUGCAUUUAAUCUUCCGAGGAGUAACAGAUAAUGUGAUUGGUUUGGAUUUAGUUUACUGUGAACAGAAAAAAAAAAACACCUGAGACUUGAUUCAUAAUCUCUGUUCUCUGUUUCUGUGCCUGUCUCUUCAGAUCCGCUUUUUAUUCUCCUGUUUUUUUACCGUUCGUCUGUCUCGGCGUGCCGUUGAUUCAUUUUUCUUGUUUUAUAGUUAAUUUUUUUGUUUACCAGGAAGGAGAGAGGGCGCUGCAUGUCACAAUCACAACCAAUCACUAGUUUUGUUGCCUUUUUAUCCGUUACAAACAUACGAAACACUGAAGACAUGACCUGUAUAUACCUCUUGGAAACUGAUAAAUACCAUUUCUUACAAAAAAACG